AUGCAAACAACAGAUGAAAACCGGCAAUGGUCGUCACCUUCUCAGGAACAGUCGAUACUGCUUCCAACUAUAUCUCAGGAAGUUCCCGCUGCCCCGAGGAAGCCGAAGAAAGACUAUUUGUUGGAUGAGAAGCUUCAGGAGUAUGAUGAUCCUUUGGACGACAAUGUUGUGGCGCUGAUUGACCAGCUAGAUAUUACCAGUACCAUGGAUGAAGAAAAUGACGACAAUGAGGAAAUGACCCACUAUCUAAACAGUUUGGUUGAGGACAUAAAAUCCCAGGAAGCGGAGGAGGGCAUGACAGCGAACGUAGCGUUUGAUAUGGCUGUCAUGAGCCGUCAACGAAGUGAAGGAGAGCGGCCACACGAUGAAUUACUAAACCACUACUUAUUCCAAAUUCCGAGGUUAAAGGACCAGAUAAUGUGGUCGAAAUAUAUUACUGCUUACUACAAGUAUGCUGAUGUCUAUAAUUUCCCAUCCUGGAUCAAUCCCUCGUACCUGAAAGAUGUUAAUGGCCAUCCACCGGAAGAUCCAACCUUUAAUUUUGGUCGUAUCUGGUGGCCCGGACCUCGUGAGGGCAAAAAAAGCGCCCGACCAAGCAUUACGAAACCCACUGUCGUCGGUGGAGGGAAUAAACCUGGUUUCGAUGAUAGAAUGCAUUUCACACCUGCUAUGUGUCAAUACUGGGAUAUCAAGUCUCAGGCAUUUAGCAAUAUCUUAUUCUUUAAACUCGGUAAGUUCUACGAGCUGUUUUACACAGACGCUGCUAUUGCUCAAGAAAUACUUGGUCUAAAGUGGAUGGGAAAAGACCAGAAGGCCCAUGUCGGAUUUCCGGAGUCAUCGCUCUGUCAUUACGGUAAGCAACUGGUGGAUCUAGGCUUUACUGUUUCCGUCGUGGAGCAGAUGGAAACUCCAGAUGAGUUGUCUACCAGGAAGCAACAAGGAGCUACACAAGACAAUGCUGUCAAGAGAUCCGUCUGCGAAGUAUAUACCAGAGGAACAUUAACACAUGAGAAGAUGCUAGGCGCUCUCCCAUCGUAUUUGGUUUCUCUAUAUUAUGGUGGUAAUACCAACAAUUGUAGUACCAAUGAUGGUAAUACCAACAAUUGUAGUACCAAUGAUGGUAGUACCGACGACGGUCAAUACGGUAUGGCGUUUGUGGAUGUAGUGUGUUGUCAUGUUCAAUUUGCAAUUAUUCCGAGUGAGAGGGAUCUUCGCAAUGUCCUUGGUCACUUGUGCCCGAAAGAAGUAAUUUUGAAUAAGACUACUGCCAAAAAGUCCACGAUAGAAUUAAUUGAAAGCUUUCCGUGCCCACCUACUAUUGUGCAGCCGGCAUCUGGCGCUGCAGAUUCCGAACAAGUUGGCUACGACAUUCUGAAAGCGUAUUUACUCAAAUGCAAUAAUGAAGAUGAGUCGAUCAAAAUUCUGGAAUGGAUCGCAAAUGUACCCAAAGAAGGCUUCAGGGCCAUAGAGCAGCUUUGGCUCUACUUGCAGGACGUAUUGUUGGCAGAGAGAAUUUUCACGUGUGGCUCUUUCAAUGCAUUCGAAGAAACGAAGAAUCAUUUGGUCUUAGACGCAGUGGCAAUUGAGGCUCUUGGCUUGGAGGAUCCUAUCGCGAGUAGCGUCACACAUCAGGGGGCCAGUGGUGCAGCGGGUCAGGGUGUUGUGCAACAGGAUCUUAAGACUGGCGAGCUUCCAUCAUUAUUCCAGUGCAUCAAUCGGUGCGCAACAGUAAUGGGUCAAAGACAACUCAGACAGUGGAUCCAUUAUCCUUUGCUGAAUAUCCCGCAGAUAGAACAGCGCCAAAGGGCCGUUCAGUUCCUUAUCGACCGUCCAAGUUUAGUUAGUGAGGUCGGACAGAUGAUGAGAAAGCUCCCGGAUUUAGAACGGCAGUUUGGUCGGAUAUCCGGAGAUCUACUGAAAUCCGAACGAGGAGCUGUAUACUUCAGUGAGAGGUCCAUAGGACGUAGAAUUAGUAGUUAUGUUGAGUUCCUAAAGGAUCUGUCAGUCAUCAAUGACGUCAUCAACCGCAUUCAAGUGUCACUUGAGGACCGAGGCUCGGAUCUGGUGGACACUGGGCGUGUGGCUGCCCUGGUGAAGGAGACAUAUAAUGAGGCAUUGAUCAUGGAAGUGGUAAGAGGUUCACUUGUUCGGAUCGAGUCUGUAGGGGGUGGAACUGCAUCCAAGAACGAGUUUCGGCCUAAGACGGGAAUAUGGCCGGACUUCGAUGAGAAGGAUUCGGCGGUGCAGAAGUUAAAGGAUAAGCUAGAAAGUUAUUUAUCAAAGGGAGCAAUUUGGAAAACAUUGGGCAUCGGAAGGUGUAGCGGAUGUUACAUCCACAGUAAGUACCGAUACGAGGUGGAGGUGUCGGAGCAAGAUUGGAAGAAGGUACAGAGGGCAGGCGGAGUCAUGACGAGCACACGUAAAGGAUAUGUCAGGUUUCAAGAAGAAGUUCUUCAGCAGAUGGUUAAUGAGCUUAUCAACGCAGAGACGGAGGCUGAAUUAACGCUUCAUCCCUGGUUGUCCGAUGAGAUACGGCUACUGCACCAGAAGAACGACGCCGUGAUCGGCACGCUCAAGGUAGUGGCGGAGCUGGACUGCCUCAUGUCCAUGGCGACAUAUGCUCUCGAGUUGCACACAUGGUGCUUCCCUCAGUUCGUGGACGAUGACCAACAUAUUUUUCUGGAUACAUGUUACCACCCUAUUGCCAUGAUCACUAACCCGCGAUUCAUCCCCAACACUGUCAAGAUCCAGGGCACCAAGAGCAUCGUGCUUACCGGACCCAAUAUGGGCGGUAAGUCUACUCUAAGCAGACAGUUGGCACUGCUCAUACUUAUGGCACAGAUGGGCUUACCCAUUCCGGCGAAGGAAGCGAACUUGGCCAUCUUCGAUAGAAUAUUCACCAGAGUUGGCUUGCGAGACGUCUUGGCCGAGUCCAAAUCCACGUUCCUCAUUGAGCUAGAAGAGGUGCUCGAAAUGCUUAAACAUGCAACACAUAGAUCUCUGCUCCUAAUAGACGAAUUUGGAAGAGGGACCAAUAGUAAGGAAGGCACAAUUCUCGCCGCGUCUACUCUUAAAUACAUUACUCACAAAAUCAACUGCAUCACACUCUUCGCAACCCACUUCCCGCUACACAACUGGCUCUGCGACCACUCGUGUGCUGCUGCUACAGAACGAGGGCACCCCUGCGUCACCUACCAACACCUGGCUGCGAACAUACACCAAGACACCGUCAUAUUCACCUACAAGCUCGCCGACGGGCGGUUCCCCGAAAGCUACGGCCUCCAAGUCGCCUCUCUUGCUGGCAUCCCCUCACAUAUUUUGCAGCAAGGCAUGACCGAUGAAUAG